AUGACCCCGAGGUUCCGGGUUGGGAUGUCCAUGAAGGAAGUGGGCGAUGGCUUGCAGGAUCAGAUGAACUGCAUGAUGGGGGCACUGCAGGAACUGAAGCUCCUGCAGGUGCAGACAGCACUGGAGCAGCUGGAGAUCUCUGGAGGGGGUUCUGCCCCAGGCUGCCCUGAAAGCCCCCGGACGCAGCUCGAGCCCCCUCAGUGGGAGGGUGGCAGCGGUCCUGCCAGGCCUGCGGGCUUCUCCCCCUCCAGCCAACCCUCUCUGGGCAGCAGCGCCAAGCUUCCAUCUCCUAGAAGUGUGUGUGGGAGGGAUCUGGUUCCCCUGCCCAGGACACGGCUGCCAGAGCACCAAAGCUGUGCCCAGCGGGGGCCAGAGCUGGUGGAACCGGAUGACUGGACCUCCACGUUGAUGUCCCGGGGCCGGAACCGACAGCCUCUGGUGUUAGGUGACAACGUUUUUGCGGACCUGGUGGGCAACUGGCUGGACUUGCCGGAACUGGAGAAGGGUGGGGAGACGGGUGAGACCCGGGAGGCAGGAGCCCCCAAAGGAGGGAGGGGCCCACCGCGGGAGCUGGGCCGCAGGUUUGCCCUAACAGCAAACAUCUUUAGGAAGUUCUUGCGUAGUGUGCGGCCUGACCGUGACCGGCUGCUGAAGGAGAAACCAGGCUGGGUGACACCCACGGCCUCUGAGCCCAGAGCCGGACGCUUGCAGAAGGGCAAGAAGCGGGGCCAUUCCAAGGGCCCUGGACAUUGCCCCUUCCCAGGUGCCUUGGAGCCCAGACGAGGGGAGAAUCCUUCCACCAGCUGCCCCAAGGCCCUGGAAUCCUCACCCUCUGGCUUUGAUGUUAACACAGCGGUUUGGGUCUGA